AUGAAUUCGCCGCCAAACUCAUUACGCGAAGAACAACUGAGAGAUCUCUUGGUGAAGUCCGCUCGCGGCCCGCCUUCAGACCAAGAACCCCCCGAAAAGCGGCUUAAACUCGGCGGACCCCCUUCUCCGGCAACCUCAGGCCCGGCCGUCAUGUCACCGCCCGGUUCCACCGAUACAGCUAUCACUGUCGGUUCUCAUAAUGGCGAUGAGUACGACACCGAGAGCUUGACCGACAGUGUGAGAGAGCACAUGUACGAGAACCGACUACGAUAUCACGCCUACCGCGCAGGACGUUAUGCAUUUCCCAACGAUGCUAUUGAGCAGGACCGCGACGAGAUGAAGCACAUCAUCAGCAUUGAGCUGAAGGCGCCGAAGUCCUGGAUCUGGAUCAUCGUGGCGAAUACCUGCCGCCACGUUAUGAACGCUUUCUUCUGCAAGAAUCAUCACAACGUUGUUCAUGAUGCCUCGGCAAUGAAGAGAACAACGCCAGAAUCUUGCGACGUCAUCACCGAGCCGUUUGUUUACAUCUUAGGAUAUGCUGUGAAUCGCAGUGAGUUAACACCAUUCUUCACAGGAACUGGACCCGGUCACUGGCCUAUUGAACUCGCCGAUAUGCAUCCCAACUCUACGUUUCUCGGCAUCGAUUUAUCUCCGAUUCAGCCAAGUGAAGUGCCUCCCAACUGUCACUUCAUGGUCGACGAUAUUGAACACGAAAAUGGAUGGGAUCUAGACGAAGAGUACUUUGAUUUCAUCCAUCUGCGACAUACCCUGCACUCCAUUCGCGAUCGCAACGAUCUCAUGCAACGCGCCUAUAGGCACCUCAAGCCUGGUGGUUGGUUUGAAAUACAAGAACUCGAGUUCUUCCCUUUGUGCGACGACCAGUCCUGCCCAGACGGAGAUGGGUACGGCUUCCGAGUCUUCACGCAGUACCUCGACGCGGGAUUAAGAGUGCUUGGAUCAGAAAUGCAUGGAAUUCGCGCCGCCGCCGAUGAGAUGCGGGCCGCUGGUUUCGAGAACGUGGAAGAGGACAGGAGGAAAUGUCCCAUCGGCGACUGGCCAGCAAGGCCUGAGCUGCGCGAGUGUGGCAUAUUGAUGCGGGAAACGAUCUUGGAAGGUCUCAAGGGUCUGGCGACAAGGCCUUUCAGAGCCCUGGGAUGGACCGAGAUACAGAUCGAGAUGUUCUUGUUGGACUCUAUGGAAGAAAACCGCUCGACGCGCCGAAGCCAUGACGAGGCGACGAGUACGCAUGAGAUCACCAAUCACCGCAUACCGAUAAAGGCGAUGGUUCAGCCGGCGGGCUGGCAUCAUUAUCAUUAUCAUCAUCAUCAAAACAACGGCACUGCAUCGGUUUGGAGAUCUCUCGGUGGGCUUUGGGGUCUACGGACAGCGGGAGGUAGCUUCGGCUUUGGCAUGUCGUUAUCACAUUUCGGCUACAGCGGGCGAUGGGGGAGUUUUUUGUUGGCUUUCUACUUCGAGGAAGUCAUGAGAUUAUUAAGACCAUGGCGGCCUCGUUGGCUAUAUCAGCUUCUAAUAGGUCUGGUGUAUCUUACCGUUUCAUCCCGCCAUAUUGGAGUAGUCCGCACGAAGGGGUUCGUUCAAAGAGCAAUCCCUCGAAGUCGACGAAUAUUGCGGAGGUGGUAUGUCUAUAACGCCCAUGGAAAAUACACUGCAAAGCCUCUCAUCCCCGAGGGCUCAUUGCUAGUUUUCUACGCUUCUAUUCCUCCCUGA